UACAAUCAUUUUUGGACAGAAUAUCGCUUCAUCAUGCGCGUUUUGCUAGCUCUGUCUUUCUUUAUAGGAAUCUGUUAUGGUGUCACAUUAAAAGACAAUAAAUAUGAAGGGAUAUACGUUGUUGUUCAUAAUCUUGUGGCCGAAGAUCAAGACUUAAUCGACCGAAUAAAGGAAAUCUUCACUGCCGCAUCUCGAUUGCUGUUCAUGGCUACCGAACACCGCGUGUAUUUUGGUGAAAUCAACAUCGUCGUUCCAAGAUCCUGGACACCACAGGGAGACGCCCAGCCAGUCCAACAGUCCGAACGUGGAUAUUUCAAGAUAGAAGACGGACAACUGAUUACCCCGAGGACAUUUGGCAAUGAUGUUUGUGGACAAGGAGGAACGUUCACUUAUCUUCCCUUGUCAUUCGUCAAAAACACAUCCAGGACUGACUUUGGCAAACACGAGAACGUUCUCGUUCACGAGUGGGCACAGCUACGGUGGGGCGUGUUUCCGGAAUACGGUACCGAUGAGGAAGCCAAAGGUCAUUUCUACCAGGCUGGAGGGAAGUGGAAGUCUACAAGUGAAAACGUCCAAGGCAGAGUUCAAUGAAGCUCGGCAGGGUUUUUGGAUUUCUCUGUUGACUAUACUUAUUUGGAGUUUUCAUUGUAAACAAUGUACGGUAAAAGUACGGAAUGUAAGGUUGUUUCGGCGUUAACAUUAAGUAAUAAAACAAUUGACAUAUACAACGUCGUGUACAAUUGGGCAAAUGAAGUCAAGCUUGCAAUAUCAAAUUUCAUCAAUGAUAUUAACAAUGUCGUUUCAAAGCAUUUGGGAUUUUGCUUUAUGAAAUCCACUUUUUCUUUACA